GUGUUUUGAUGCUGAGUAAAGAUGGCGGAAUCUGGGGAUUCAAAGCCCACCUGUACAUUUUUGUUCAAAAAAUCUAAUAAGAAGUUUAGUGCUCGGAAGAGGAAAGCCAGUGAUAGUGACAAAGAUGGAAGUAGCGCCGACGAGGAGAAGAGCACUGUUGUACGCAGGAUGAAGAAGACGAUGGGGAACCCAAUGAUUCAGAUGACUAAGAAAGUCGAGAAGGAGGUUGUUUCAUCAAGUGAUAGUGAACAUAACCAUGAAGAAGAGAAGGUGACCGUGUCCUACAAAUCUACACGCUCUGCGAAACCAGAGGGCCCUGACGAUAUGGGUGCCACUGCUACCUAUCAGCUGGACACAGAGAGGGAUAAAGAUGCGCAGGCUAUCUUCGAGCGCAGCCAGCAACUCCAGGAGGAGCUGGCUGGCAAAGAUGAUGACAAGGUGUAUCGUGGGAUCAACAACUACCACAAGUACAUUAAGCCCAAGGACUCCACUAUGGGGAACGCAUCUUCAGGAAUGGUCAGAAAAGGUCCCAUUAGGGCUCCAGAGCACCUCAGGGCUACAGUGAGGUGGGACUACCAGCCAGACAUUUGCAAAGACUACAAAGAAACAGGCUUUUGUGGUUUUGGAGACAGCUGUAAGUUCUUGCAUGACCGCUCAGACUACAAACAUGGCUGGCAGAUAGAACGGGAAUUGGACGAAGGCAGAUAUGGUGCAAAUGAUGAUGAGAACUAUGAAAUUAGCAGUGAUGACGAAGACUUCCCCUUCAAGUGUUUCAUCUGCAGAGAAUCCUUCAAAAACCCAAUUAUAACAAAGUGUCGGCAUUACUUCUGUGAGGCCUGUGCCCUUCAGCAUUACCGUAAAUCCAAGCGGUGUUACGUGUGCAAUGUCCAGACCAACGGCGUCUUCAACCCAGCAAAAGAACUGAUGGCAAAGUUGGCAAAGCAACAAGCUGCAUCUGACCAGCCACCAUCUGAAGAGGAAGACUAACAUCACAUCCAGCAUCCUUUUAAUCAUGUGUUGACUCUAAUGUAUGACAUCUGUAUUAUUCUCGGACCAUUGCAAACCUUUGGAAUAAAGUUUCCUUUUUUUUUUUUUUA